GUGUUGGAGGGCGCCGGUGUUAAAAGCAUUAAGCAUUCGUCUUCUUCCAGUGUGCCGCUCUAGUUGAAAACUAUGCCUCGUGAUCUUCUCCACCCCUCUGCCACCGAAGAGCGCAGCAAGCACAAGCUUAAGCGUUUGGUACAAUCCCCCAACUCGUUCUUCAUGGACGUGAAGUGCCCCGGUUGCUUCAACAUCACUACCGUCUUCAGCCACGCCCAAACCGUUGUGUUGUGCGGCAGCUGCAGCGUCAUGCUUUGCCAACCCACCGGCGGCAAGGCUCGUUUGACCGAAGGUUGCUCGUUCCGCAAGAAGACCGAUUAAAUGUAGUUCUGGAGUAAAAGGCCCGUCCUGUUGCGAUCUGUCACGACGACGUGAAAUGCCGACUUUGGACUUCUCAACUGUUCUCUCGUGGAGUCAGCCUCGAGGGGGUUUAGUUUAAACAUUUGGAAUAAAGGAGACGAUCUGGA